AGCGCUCGGUGCACCUCUCUCCUCCAUUACUCUGUUUGCACUGUUUUUUCUCUCCUCCUCUUUCUGCUUUUUUCUUCUCCAUCCCUUACAGUCCAACCCUCUGUUCUCCCCUCUCUUUGCUGAGCUGUGCAGCUAGAACUCUGAACAAGCAAGGCAAACACUCCUGUGCGAGACUGCAGGUGUCUGAGGAAGCAGAGAGGGUUCAGGGACAGUUUUUUCCUCAUCGCUCUUUAGUGACGAGUGUUCUAUUGUUGCUGAUAGUUGAAGGAAUUCUCACACUCCCUCUUCUUUUGGAUACUGUGGAAGCAGGUGUCUCUCUGUUUCAGGAUAUCCUCUGUCACGCUGGUUGCUCCAUCAUUCAUCUCUGAGUUUGCAUUCUGCUUUAGACCUUCUACCUCCAGGUUACAGUCACUGCCCAUGGAUGUAUGACCUGGGAGCUUGUAGGGACUUCAACCCUUCCAAAAUGUUGGGGACUGCAGUAAUAAAUAAAGGAAACACAGGAUUUGAAACAGAAGCUUGUCUGUCUCUAUUAAAAGUGGACAAAUUUAGUUAUGGUGGAAUAUGUGAAGCAUGGAGCCCUUGGAGCUGGGUAGUGCUGGUGCACUUCAUCAGCAAAACUCCAUUCCUGUUCUGACAACAAAGGCACUGACCAAUCUGUGCCUUCCAUCUUAAAUGAGAGCCCAGGAAGUACAUUAUAUUGAAGAAUCUCCAUUUGAAACGGACACAGAACAAGAGCACAGCCACUUAGCUUAACAGUGAUGGAGGCCACUGGUAACAGCCAGGAAGAGGUAUCGACCUCAAAAAAUGAAACAGCAGCAGACAAAUCCUCUGUGCUAAACGAUGCUGUCCGAAACCAUUCAACAGAGAAAGUCCGGGAGCUGUUGGCGGAAGGAGCAGAUGUUAAUUUCAAGGUAGGAGGUGGUUGGACACCUCUGCACAGUGCGGUACAGGAUGAUCAGGAAGAGAUUGUUGAUCUUCUGCUGGAGCAGGGUGCUGAUCCAUGUGCCAGGAAGAAAAAUGGUGCCACUCCCUUUAUUGUAGCAGGGAUAGUGGGAAAUGUGAGACUUUUAGAGCUCUUCCUUUCUAAGGGAUCAGAAAUCAAUGAGAAUGACGACAAUGGUUUCACAGCCUUUAUGGAGGCUGCUUAUUAUGGGAAUGAGGAGGCCUUAAGAUUCUUGUACUAUAAUGGGGCAGAUGUGAAUUUGCGGAGGGUGGUUAACGAGGAGAAAAGAUCACUGAAUAAAGGUGGGGCAACAGCCCUGAUGGAUGCUGCCAGGGAGGGUCACCUCUCAGUCGUAAAAAUUCUUGUCAGUGAGAUGAAGGCUGACAUGAACAUCUGUGACAACCAGGGCAGGAAUGCUUUAAUCCAUGUCUUCCUUCCAAGUGAUAACAAGACAAGGGAGUCAAUUGCCCCAAUUGUUCAUUUCCUGCUGGAUUGUGCUGUUGAUGUGAACAGAAGAGAUGAACAUGGGAAAACUACCCUCAUCCUGGCAGUUGAGAUACAAAGUCUGGAUUUGGUAAAAGCUUUAUUGGAGAAGAAUGAAGUUGACAUCAAUGAUGCUGACAGAGAGGGCAAAACAGCACUGAUGAUAGCUGUAGAGAAAAAAUAUUAUGAAAUAGCAAAGCUACUGUGUGAAAAAGGGGCAAGGACUGACCUUGGGGACCUUAUUGGGAUUGUCAAUAGGAAAUACAAUAAGAAAAUGGCAGAUCUUCUUCGCCAGUACGGCGCCAAGGCUGGUCCAAGUCAACCUCAAGAUUGGGAACCCACCAGCAAACGCUGGGGAGAGCAGCUGAAGGUUCUCUACAACAUGUAUCGUCCUAUGAUUGGAAAACUUAAAAUCCUCCAACAUAAUGAUUUCAGGAUUCAGAGAACCUCCCAAGGGGGCAUCUACCUGGGACUCUUUGAUGGGAAGGAGGUGGCUGUGAAGAUAUUCCGCAUUGGCACAGAAAUUGCUAAACAAGAGAAAAUGUGCCUUGAACAAUGUCUGACCAGCAACCAUUUAGUAAAGCUUUUUGGUGCUGAGGAAAAGAAACCUUGCCUGUACUUGUGCCUCUCUCUCUGUGAGAAGAACCUUGAAGAACACCUGAGAGCAUCAGAGAAUGAAGUGAACUGCAAGAGUAUUCUUAAGACACUCUUUGAGGCAGUUCAAGAACUACACAUGUUUGGAUUUGGCCAUCAGGAUCUACACCCACAUAACAUUUUGAUAGAUGCUGCUGGUAAAGUUCGCUUAGCGGAUUUUGAUAAGAGCAAAAGAUUGAGUGAAGGACAGAAUGAUGUUAUAAUCAAAGAUCUGAAGGUGCUCAGAAGACUGGUCCUGUAUGUUGUUACACUGGGUAAGGCCUCCUUUGAGGAAAAUGAUAGAGACGAAUUGGAUGCAAGUUGUCCAGAGGAUGUGCAGGAUUAUGUGGAGACUGUAGACCUAAGGGAAAGUCUGGUCUCCCCUGAUGAAGGAAUCCCAGUUGAAAACCUGCUGAGAGAGUUGAUCCAACAUCCCUUUUUCUGGAGCAAGCAAACCAAGUACAGGUUCCUGAGAGACGUUGGGAAUGAGAGCGAUAUCAAAACUCGCAACACCAAACAUCACAACAACAAGAGUGAGAUUCUGAAAGCUUUGAAUUGUGAUGAGCACCCUUUGCAGCAGUGGACUGAGCAGAUUGACAAAUUGGUUCUGGACAGCAUGCUCAAUCCCUUCAGCAAGAACAAGAACCAGAACCAGAACAAGAAGAAACCGUAUGAAAACUAUGUCACGGACCUACUGAAGUUCAUCAGGAACAUGGGCGAGCACUUUGAUGAGAAGGAAGAAAAGGUCAAGGAAAUAAUCAAGGAGCCCUCGGAGUAUUUCCUGCACCUGUUUCCAGAAUUGACAGUUUAUGUCUACAAGUGUUUACGUAGCAUACAGCAUCAUAAACAUUUCCCAAGCCCUCAGUGUCUUUCUCAGCUAUAGCAUGUUCUGUUGCUUCAGGUUAUAUGGCUGAAUCCCAUUGACUAACUUCCUUUUCAGGACCAUUUCGU